AUGGAAUUGACAAAUUAAAGAUCAAAUUUAGAAAUGAAAUAUAUUAAGUUAUUGAAGGAAACAGAAGAAAGAGAAAAAUAAGUAAAGGAAAGUAAAUAAUCUAAUAUUAAAUUAAUAAGGUAGAGUAUAAACAAGAAAAAAAAAGGAAGAGCUUGAGAGAUUUGAAGAUAACAUUAAGAGUUUGAAUAUAAGGGGUUAAUCAGUAGGAGAAAUCUUAAUGAAGAUAAAUGAUGAAAAAUGUAUAUAGAAAAAUAAUCUAUUUAUCAUAGAUAUUGCAAAAUUGAAUAGUGGAUAAAGAUAUGUAGUUGGUGCUAAACCUAACCUAGAUAGGACAAAAUUAGUAAUAGGAACAAGAAUUGCACUUGAUUAAGAUACAUAUACUAUUUGUAGAAUAAUGCCUAGAGAGGUUGAUCCUUAGGUAUUUCAUAUGGCACAUGAAGAUCCAGGAAAGGUGUUAUUUGAUGAGAUUGGAGGAUUAAAUGAUUAGUUAAGAAUCUUAAGAGAAGUGAUAUUUCUUAUUGUUAUAGGAUUAUAGACAAUUGAGUUACCUAUCACUAAUCCAGAACUAUUUAAAAGAGUUGGAGUGAAACCUCCAAAAGGUUGUUUAAUGUAUGGUCCUCCAGGAACAGGUAAAACUUUGAUUGCAAGGUAUAAUAUAAUUUGAGAUUAUUGAUAGAGCAUUGGCUUGUAAUGUUUAGGCGAAGUUCUUAAAAAUAGUAGCAUCUAGUAUAGUUGAUAAGUACAUUGGAGAAAGUGCUAGAGUUAUAAGAGAAAUGUUUACUUAUGCUAAAGAAAAUUAACCUUGUAUAAUAUUCAUGGAUGAAAUUGAUGCUAUUGGAGGAAGAAGAUUUAGUGAUGGAACUUCAGCAGAUAGAGAAAUUUAAAGAACUCUUAUGGAAUUAUUAAAUCAAUUAGAUGGUUUUGAUGAUUUGGGAAAAGUUAAAGUAGUAAUGGCAACUAAUAGACCAGAUAUUUUGGAUCCAGCUUUGUUAAGACCAGGAAGAUUGGAUAGAAGUAAAAUUCUAUUUAAAUUUAUUAGAGGUUGAAAUACCAUUACCUAAUGAAUAAGCUAGAUAUGAUAUAUUAAAAAUUCAUUCAAGAAUGAUUACAACUAAAGGAGAAGUAGAUUUUGAAUAGUUAUCAAAAUUAUGUGAAGAAUUUAAUGGAGCUGAUCUAAGAAAUGUAUGUACUGAAGCUGGUAUACUAAUAAUAAAUUAUAUUUAGGUAUGUUUGCUAUUAGAGCAGAUAGAGAUUAUGUAAUUGAGGAAGAUUAUUUCAAAGCAGGUAGGAAGAUUAAAGAAGCCAAAAAAUUAGAAUCAAAACUAGAAUAUCAAAAAGUUUGAACACUUUAUUUUUUAUAUUCUAUACAAAGNUAAGUAAAGGAAAGUAAAUAAUCUAAUAUUAAAUUAAUAAGGUAGAGUAUAAACAAGAAAAAAAAAGGAAGAGCUUGAGAGAUUUGAAGAUAACAUUAAGAGUUUGAAUAUAAGGGGUUAAUCAGUAGGAGAAAUCUUAAUGAAGAUAAAUGAUGAAAAAUGUAUAUAGAAAAAUAAUCUAUUUAUCAUAGAUAUUGCAAAAUUGAAUAGUGGAUAAAGAUAUGUAGUUGGUGCUAAACCUAACCUAGAUAGGACAAAAUUAGUAAUAGGAACAAGAAUUGCACUUGAUUAAGAUACAUAUACUAUUUGUAGAAUAAUGCCUAGAGAGGUUGAUCCUUAGGUAUUUCAUAUGGCACAUGAAGAUCCAGGAAAGGUGUUAUUUGAUGAGAUUGGAGGAUUAAAUGAUUAGUUAAGAAUCUUAAGAGAAGUGAUAUUUCUUAUUGUUAUAGGAUUAUAGACAAUUGAGUUACCUAUCACUAAUCCAGAACUAUUUAAAAGAGUUGGAGUGAAACCUCCAAAAGGUUGUUUAAUGUAUGGUCCUCCAGGAACAGGUAAAACUUUGAUUGCAAGGUAUAAUAUAAUUUGAGAUUAUUGAUAGAGCAUUGGCUUGUAAUGUUUAGGCGAAGUUCUUAAAAAUAGUAGCAUCUAGUAUAGUUGAUAAGUACAUUGGAGAAAGUGCUAGAGUUAUAAGAGAAAUGUUUACUUAUGCUAAAGAAAAUUAACCUUGUAUAAUAUUCAUGGAUGAAAUUGAUGCUAUUGGAGGAAGAAGAUUUAGUGAUGGAACUUCAGCAGAUAGAGAAAUUUAAAGAACUCUUAUGGAAUUAUUAAAUCAAUUAGAUGGUUUUGAUGAUUUGGGAAAAGUUAAAGUAGUAAUGGCAACUAAUAGACCAGAUAUUUUGGAUCCAGCUUUGUUAAGACCAGGAAGAUUGGAUAGAAGUAAAAUUCUAUUUAAAUUUAUUAGAGGUUGAAAUACCAUUACCUAAUGAAUAAGCUAGAUAUGAUAUAUUAAAAAUUCAUUCAAGAAUGAUUACAACUAAAGGAGAAGUAGAUUUUGAAUAGUUAUCAAAAUUAUGUGAAGAAUUUAAUGGAGCUGAUCUAAGAAAUGUAUGUACUGAAGCUGGUAUACUAAUAAUAAAUUAUAUUUAGGUAUGUUUGCUAUUAGAGCAGAUAGAGAUUAUGUAAUUGAGGAAGAUUAUUUCAAAGCAGGUAGGAAGAUUAAAGAAGCCAAAAAAUUAGAAUCAAAACUAGAAUAUCAAAAAGUUUGA